AAGGGGACGGGAAGGGGAACGGGGCCCCCCGGGCUGUCAGAGCGCUGGACGGGAGCAGAGAGGCGGCGACGAUGCUCCGAGGAGGAGCAGCAGGAGGAAGGCUCCGGCGGCGGCGGCUGCUGCUGCUGCUGCUGCUGUUUCUGGCUUGGCCGCUUCUCGGCGUCUCGCCGGAGCCCCAGGCCGCCUGCGGCCCCGACGGCUGCUACGCCGUCUACUUCCAGCGGCGCAGCUUUCUUGAGGCUUGGCGCAACUGCCGGGAGCUGGGGGGCAACCUGGCCACGCUCAAGCACGCCGAGGAGGCGUCCGAGGUGGCCCAGCUGCUCCGGGCCGCCCGCGGGGGAGGCAGCGGCGUCGAGCCCCAGCAAGGCCGGCCGCAGCGGCUCUUCUGGAUCGGGCUGCAGCGGCAACCGCGGCAGUGCUUCCCCCUGCGGCCGCUGCGGGGCUUCACUUGGACCACGGGCGACCAGGAGACGUCCUACACCAACUGGGCGCGCUCCUCUAGCGACGGCAGCGACGGGAGUUGCGCCGCUUCGCGCUGCGUGGCGCUGGGCGAGCAGGACUCCCAGUGGCUCGACGGGUCGUGCGUGGUGCCCGUGGACGGCUACCUCUGCCGCUUCGCCUUCCACGGGAUGUGCGCCGGCCUGGCGGAAGAGGACGAGGAGGGAGGCGGGGGCGCGCCGGCCUCGACGGUCACCUACACCACCCCCUUCGGCCCGGUCAGCGGCGCCCUCCGCUACCUCCCCUUCGGCACCGUGGCCGCCGUGACGUGCGGCCCGGCCGGGACCGCCGUAUCCGUGCUGUGCAUGCAGAAGGAAGACGGCAGCGUGGCCUGGUCCAAGGAGGCGCCGCUGUGCCGGGACUCGUCCGUCUACCAACACAGCUGGUGCGAGGGCGACAAUGGCGGGUGCCAGCAGCUGUGCCUCGACGAGGGCUCCGGCUACUCCUGCGAGUGCCACGCCGGGUAUUUCCUCCUCCCCGACGGGCACUCCUGCGCCGCAGCCCACGGCGACCACGAAGACGACGACGAGGACGCCUGCCGGGACCAUCCCUGCCAGUUCGGCUGCGUCCCGGACGAGGAGGAGGAGGAGGGCUACCGCUGCCAGUGCCCGUCGGGCUACGAGCUGAGCAGCGACGGGCACCAGUGCGAAGACUUAGACGAGUGCGCCGAGGCGCCCUGCGAGCACCACUGCGAGAACACCGACGGCUCCUUCCUCUGCCGCUGCCACCUGGGCUUCAGCCCCUCCGAGGAGGAGGCCGGCCGCUGCGCCGACACGGACGAGUGCCAGAUCCCCGGCGUCUGCCAGCAGAUGUGCGUCAACUACGUCGGGGGCUUCGAAUGUUACUGCACGGAAGGGUACGACCUGGAGCUGGACGGCAUCAGCUGCAGCCCCGUGGCUCCUCUGCCCCCGCCGCUGGCCACCGCCCAGAGCCACCGGGGAGGCGGCGUCCUCCAACACUUCGACGACCACCUCGGCUGGCCGCGGGAACUCGACAGCGAUGAGGAGCAGGACCAGGAGCGGGGGGAUCACAGCUUGGCCCUCUCGGACCACCUCUCCGUCUUCCAAGACGGCGGAGCUGCCUCUCCAGAGAUCCACCCAGACCCCCGCGUGGUUCCCCGCAUGUUGCCGGCCACCGAGCCCCCAAAUCUGAGCACGCCCCCCCAGGAUCCCGACUCCCCUCUUUUAGAGCCCGGCCCCCCUCUUUUAGAACCCGGCCCCUCCUCUCCCAGGCCCCCCCACCUCACAACCGGCGUUUCCGACCCUCCCACUGCCACUGGUUCCUCCGUACCGCUCAGCACCCCAUCACAUGCCCCCCGAGAUCCCCAGGUGGCCACGGAUCCCAGGUGGCCACAGACCCCCUUUGCGGCCACCCCGUCCCAGCCACCGUUCCGCCCAGGGGACCCGUCCGAUUUCUCUGGCGGCGAGGGGGGCGGCGUGGUCGGGGGCGUCAGAGCACCGCCCCCCACGUCUGCCCCGGUGAGCCCGACCCCGAGCGAGGCGCCAGGGCGCCGGAGGAGGGACGACCGCUGGCUGCUGGUGGCCUUGCUGGUGCCCAUCUGCGUCUUCCUGGUCAUCAUGCUGGCCCUAGGCAUUGUCUACUGCACCCGCUGCGGUGCCCAGGCCAAGAGCCGGAGUGUCACCCAGUGUUACCGCUGGGUGAUCAGCUCGGCGGGCAGCAAAGGGCCCCCCCCGCCCUCCGCCAGGCCCUGCCAGCCGGCCACUUGCAGAACCAGCGUCUGAGCCCUGGGCCAGCCAGCAGGGUCGUCCUCUAGCCUAGCUGGCCCGGAACAGACGCAGCUGCUCACAGCCGGCAGAAAAGUUGGAUAAUCAACCCCCCCUAAAAAAAAAAAAGCAAUUUCCAUUCCCAGCAGGGACGCAAUCUGGGACACUCGGACCUCUGCCAGGAAACAAGAGCCCAGCUGGGGGAAAUGUAGCCAGGACCCAACGGAGGCCUCCUUUGGCUCGGAACCCGCCUUACAUUGAAUUGGGGCCAUUGGGCCAUCUAGCUCAGUAUUGUCUACCCUGACUGGCAGUGGCUCUACAGGACUGCAGACGGAGAGGAGCAGGGCGCCUCUCCCAGCCCUUGCCUGGAGACACCACUGGGGCUUGAACCUGGGACCUUUUGCCUGCCAGGCAGACGCUCUAACCACUGAGCAGCUGGGAGCGACUCGGGACACCCAGCUGAGGCCAUCCGGGACGCCGCUGGGUCUGGGAACAGAGUCUGAGACACUAGCGCAUGGCUGGGGAUGCCCUUGACCACGCCGGGAGCCACCGCGUGCCAAGUGAGGCCGUUGGACCAUCCAGACCAGUACUGUCUACACUGACUGGCAGCAGCGCCUCUACAGGGUUUCACACAGGCGUCUCCCCUCCUUCCCCGUCCCCCCUGUGGUGCAGUUAGGUGAUGUUAAGACUGUGGACUUAACGGGGAUGGGCAGAACCCCCUCUGUAGAUGGUGAUGUGUAUGACCUGCAGUCAGCCAGCCCUGCUUCAUUUACUCCCCCCCUUAUUCAGCCGAGUGGGGGCCCUGGGCUUCGGUCCCAAAGUCCUGCCCUGACUGACAGCGGCUCUCCAGGAAUUCAGAUGGGGAAGGGCGAGUCUCUCCCAGCCCUGUCUGGAGACGCAUCUGGGGAUUGAAGAUGGGACCUUUUGCAUGCAAAGCACAUGUGCUCUGUCACAAGCUGCGCCCCUUCCCAACACAGGGUGUGUGUGUCCAGAGAGUCCUCGUUGAUCUGGGACACACAGCCUUCCCCCACCCCAGCUGGGGGCACACUGUCUCAUCAGGCUUGCCGAGACUCCCUUCAUGCGCCUGGGAUGCACACAACCCCAUGUGGCUACAACCUCAUUGCACAUGCACCCGUGCGCACACAUACCAGCUGGCAGAGGGGAUCUCCAUAAGGGAACAGCUGGACGGCUGGACCCACCACCACUCUUCAGCGCAUACACACAUGACACACACACACAUCCUUGUCCAGCUGGUCAGAGGAGCUGGAGGGAGGGGCAUUUAUCUUGAGGCAUAGGAUGUGGGGCGGAACAGCCAGCUGACCUCUUCCCCGUCGCCAGACAAAACUAUGCCCUUGUGGGGAGCAGAGAUGGGGGCCUGAGAUGGGGCCCGUUCCAUGCUCUUCACCCCCUCCCCCGCUUCCAUCCGCAAAAGAUGAACAUCCAGACAUGAUGGAUUAGAGGUGGGUGGCGGGUGCUCAGAGGGGUUGCACAAUGUGGGGUCCAAUGAGGAGGGCAGAUUUUCCUUUCUGGGCUAGGUGGCAGGGGUCUGAGAAUCUGCUGCUGCAAAGAGGCGAGGGGGGGACACACAGGAAUGAUGGAGGGGCUGUGUAGGCGAAGGGGGGGGUAGCGCACAUGGAUCCCAGCGUGCCGGGCAAGGGUCUGCAUUGAUUGUGACUGCUGAUGUACUUUUCCUUUGUGGGGGGAAUUUUUCCCCCUUGUUUAUUUCCCCCCCCCUUUCUUUCUUUGGAUGUGUCCAAUAAAAGGAUUGGCGCCUC